GUGAGUUGUUGGGUUAAAAGUUCUAUCCUGAGCACAGGGUUCACUCUAGUGCUGACACUGUGGACUUUGGGGCUUCUUGAGCCUCCCGUGGGACACAGUUUGGGUUCAGAGCACCUCAUUCUUAGAUACAGUGUGUCCCCACGAUGCCCACAUGCCUCAGCGGGCAUGCCCUCCUUUUGUUGCAGCAUAACAGAAGGGGGUGAGAGGGACCUCGAUGGUCGCCCAGAUUACGUCUCGUCAUACGGCCUAUUUACACUCGACACCAAACACUAAACAACUAAACUUACUCGUUGAUGGAUCGCGAGCGUCAUGCCGUAUCAUUUCGGGACCAGUCACAUGUUCCUGCGGUCGCUCACGUGACCCCUUCGGCACGGACCAAUCGGAUGGCGUGUCAUCCUGGGCAGAGCAAAAAGGAAGAGGGUGGAGGGGGGGGGAAUCAUUUUCCUUUUUACGAUUUUUAUUCUUGCAACACCAACGGUGGUCGUUGACAUCAUCCUGCGCUACAGAAAGGUGACCUCCCUCUGCACCAUCACACUCCCACUGGCCCUCCGACUCCUCUCUUGACGUGACCACGCCCCUUCCUCUCGCAUCCGACAUGGAGCCCAUCAAGGUCCAAUCAGAAGGUGGACUGAAUGUGACCCUGACCAUCAGGCUGCUGAUGCACGGCAAGGAGGUCGGAAGCAUCAUAGGAAAGAAAGGCGAGACGGUAAAGAAAAUGCGUGAAGACAGUGGCGCUCGCAUCAACAUCUCAGAGGGCAACUGCCCCGAGCGGAUAGUCACCAUCACGGGGCCAACGGACGCCAUCUUCAAGGCCUUUGCCAUGAUCGCCUACAAGUUUGAGGAGGAUAUCAUCAACUCUAUGAGCAACAGUCCUGCCACCAGUAAACCCCCCGUCACGCUGAGGCUGGUGGUCCCGGCCAGCCAGUGCGGCUCGCUCAUUGGCAAGGGGGGCUCCAAAAUCAAAGAGAUGAGAGAGUCUACAGGCGCUCAGGUCCAGGUGGCAGGCGACAUGCUCCCCAACUCCACCGAGAGGGCCGUGACCAUCUCCGGGGCACCUGAGGCCAUCAUCCAGUGUGUCAAACAGAUAUGUGUGGUGAUGCUGGAGUCCCCACCGAAAGGUGCCACAAUCCCCUACCGCCCCAAGCCUGCCUCCACCCCUGUCAUUUUUUCAGGUGGCCAGGUAAGAGCAGACCCACUGGGGGCGUCCACAGCCAACCUCAGCCUCUUACUGCAGCACCAGCCACUGCCUGCGUACACCAUCCAAGGACAGUAUGCCAUCCCGCAUCCAGAUCAGUUGAGCAAGCUCCACCAGUUGGCUAUGCAGCAAACCCCCUUUACUCCCCUCGGACAGACCACCCCUGCCUUCCCCGCAGCAGGUCUGGAUGCCAGUAACCAGGCCAGUACUCAUGAACUCACCAUUCCCAAUGAUCUAAUAGGCUGCAUAAUUGGACGCCAGGGAACCAAAAUCAACGAGAUCCGUCAGAUGUCUGGGGCACAGAUCAAAAUUGCUAACGCCAUGGAAGGGUCAUCGGAACGCCAGAUCACCAUCACAGGGACCCCCGCCAACAUCAGCCUGGCCCAGUACCUCAUCAAUGCAAGGUUUCGAGAUGUGGCGGCCAUGUGGAACGACCCGUCCUCCAUGACCACAUCCUGAGGUCCCUGGCUGGCUCUUCCAUCUUGGCCCUUCCUAAACGACUGACGAUGCCCUCCAGACUCUGGCUCUCCGAAAACCCUGCGCAUCGGCCACCCUGGUCCCUCUCCACACACCAGCGAGGGCCGAGAGCUGACUUUGAUUUCAGAGAGCCACUUCGAUUAAGAUUUUAGUCAAAAAAAACAAAACAAAAAAGAAGAAGAAAACUCUCUGUUGAUUAGCUUUUUGUUUUAGAGAACUGUUGAAGCAUGUUGAAUGUUUAUUAGCAAAAACUUGUGUUGCGUUUUUCUUUUCUUUCAAUCUGUUUCUCUGUCAGUGCUGCGUCAUAGAACAUUUUCAGAGUAUAAGAAGUCAAAGGUUGAACUUCAUCUUGUAGAACGUAGUUAUUUGCAUUCGUUACCGCUCGGUGAUGCUGUGGGCAGAGUGUGGUGGGAUGUAGCCAAACUUUUAUAAUACUAUCUUAGAAAAAGGGAGAUUUUAGUAAAAAACAAAAAACGGAAAAAAUCACAUGACCCCUUUUAGCCAAUGGUAUCACUCCUGGAGCCUCCCAUUUCGUGUUGAUCUCCGAUAUUUACAUUCUUACUUAUAUUGCAUGUGUUAAGUGUCGUGUCGUCGUGUAUUUGAGCGGAACCUGUUCGGUGGACCUUGAGAUGUUACGAUAGCUCUGUGCUCCUGCUCUUUCUCCGCUCAUGUUUUCAGCUUUUUUCUGGCCGCCCACGUGCAGCUCGACACCCCGCCUGCCCCCUGCAGCCUCCUCCCAUGACUAGCGUGUACAUGCAUGAAUGCAAUUAGAGGCAUCUCAGUGGCUAUGAUAGACUGGAAAUUGAAAUGAUUGUUUAUGAUCACACUGUAUUUGUUUUGUACAAGGACUUUGAUGACAAUUUGUCAACUACGCGGCACUCAUGCAAUAGAAGAUUCAACACUUUUACUCUGGACUGCCUCUGAUUAGUUGGUCUUGGGUUUGGUCCAAAACCUUUUAGCUCCAGAAGAAAAAAAAAGGGAAAGGAGAUGAAUCUUCCCUCCAAAAGAGGUUGGAGCGAGCCAAAUGGAGUUUGGGGGGGCCAAGGAAUGUUCAGGGGUACACUGGGGCCUGGGCGGGCGUGACCACUCGGUCCCUUUUUCACGAUUGUUUGUUUCUUUCAUUGUUCAGUCGACGCUUUAAGUUUGAAUGUCUUUUUAUGGCAACUUCAUUGCUCAUAUUAUUAUUCUGAUUAUUCAUUUUUGAAGGCUUUUUUGGCGGCUGCCCGUUUUUGCUUCUCCAUCAGUCAACUCAAACUUUAAUUCAGUGCUGAUGUGAGACGGAGGCAAGGAUGAUCGACUAGAUUUCCGCGUCGAUGUACACAAACAGCUGUUGAAUGUUACUCUCCAAGUCACAUGAUCCACCGUCCAACACGGCAACAGUGCACGCAGCCUUUGACGCCACAACGGAUGCGUCGACCGCCAGCGGUCAUUCUGCAAUAAUUCCGACAGUGUCAUGCGAUCGUCGAGCCGAGCGGUGAAAGCGGUUUGCGUUUUCUGUCAUUUGGGUUGAAGAGAAUGUCAAAAAAGCUGUCGUUCUUUUUCGGAAAUAUGCACAAAAGACGCUCUUGUGGAUCAAUUCUUUCUUGACGUACGGUCUGAUGGCAAAGCGGGAAUAUUGUGGUGGUAUUGAUAUUCAUGUACAAUUAUGUGUUUGAAAACUGUAUUUAUUUACAUUUGUGUAUAUGACUGAAGCAAAUAAUGCAAUAAUAGGGUGCAAUGUGCAAUUAUUUAUUCUGUUGGGGUUUUUUUUUGGCUUAGUCAGGAGAGCUGUGUAGCUUACAGAAUAUUUAAAAAAAAAUACUAUUUUACAUUUGGCAGCAGGUUUGAUUUUUCAGCUUUGGGUUGUGUGUGUUGCAGUUUGGGAAAGGGGGGGGGAAUGAUGGAAGUUUGUAACUCUUUUUGAUUUAUUUGCUCUGUGCAAAUCUAUAUUAGUUGUGAGUACGUACAUAUGUUUAAUUUCAAAGUGUUGGUAAGUAUAAAAACUAAUAAAGUUUCAGUUUUUCUUUCUGUGA